GGGGUAGAGAGGCAGAGCCCGUGAGGGCUGGUGCCUGUCUCUGGCUGUGGGCGCUGCCGCUGCCCGGGACCAUGGAGGCCGACGCGGGGCCGGGCCCGGGCCCGGAGCUGCCGCCGGGGAAGGCGGCGGAGGAGCUGACGGUGACCGACGUCUACGAGCUGGCGGCGGGGCUGGGGCAGGAGCUGGAGCGGCUGGUGGAGGCGGUGGGCGGCCAGGCCGUGGCCGGGCUGGUGCCCCGCCUGGUGCGGGUGCUGGAGCUGCUCGAGGCGCUGGUCACCCGCCAGCAGAGCCACUCCCAGCCCGAGGCCCAGGCCCAGCGCCUGCGGCUCGAGCUCGAGCUGGAGCGGCUCCGCCUGGACAGGGCCAACCGCGCCCAACAGGACAGCCAACACAAGCAGGAGCUGGAGCUGAUGGAGGAUGUUUGGCGGGGAGAGGCACAGGACCUGUUGACACAGAUCGCUCAGCUACAGGAGGAGAACAAGGCGCUGGUGGACAACCUGUCCCCAAAGAGCCUCACCAUCACGCAGGAGGAGAUCCUGCGGCAGGAGGCCGGAAUGUCGGAGCGGGAGCGGCAGGUGAUGAAGAAGCUGAAGGAGGUGGUGGAUAAACAACGGGAUGAGCUCCGGGCCAAGGACCGGGAACUAACACUGAAAAAUCAGGACGUGGAGGCAUUGCAGCAGCAGCUGAACCGCCUGAUGAAAAUAAACCACGACCUGCGGCACAAGGUGACGGUGAUGGACGCCCAGGGCCGGGCGCUGAUCGAACAGAAGGCGGAGCUCGAGGCUUUGCUCCAGACCAGGGAGCAGGAGACUGGGAAACUCCGGGCUGAGGCCGGCAAAAGCCGGGAUAAAUCACCCCGGCAACCGGCACACAACCAGGAGGAGAAGGGAAAGGUGAACAAGCUGCUGUUCUUCCCCUCCUUUGAGGAUGAUAGAAGGGAGUAUUUCCUGGCCGAAGCCCUGAGUGAGGAGGAUUUUCUGGACUCGGAGCCGGUGGUUGUGGACGUGAACGAUACGAGCCGCCCCCGCUUCACGCUCCAGGAACUGCGAGACGUGCUGCACGAGAGGAACGAGCUGAAGGCCAAGGUCUUCGUGCUACAGGAGGAACUGGCUUACUACAAGAGCGAGGAGGCCGAGGAGGAGAAUGCACCGUUCUCACCUCCGUCACCUGCACUCCAACAGAAACCCGCAGCCCAGCCUGAGUCCAGCAUCAGGCGAUUGUUUAGUUUAUUUUCGCGGGAUAAACGUGCGGAGAGCCGCCUCCGACUGCAGGGCUCAGCUGGGACUUGGGACGUUUUUGACCACCGGGAAGGCACGCCGCCUGAACAGGGAGAAGAAGCUCUCAAGGACUUAUAACUCUAGCUGCUCUCGAGCAUCCGAAUGGACUUUUUUUUUGGGGGGGGUUUAAGGAAAAUCUCUAGUGUUACAAAUGCUGCUUUGUUGUGAAGCUAAUUGGAGGUGGAUCUGAUUUACCUGAACACAAAACAUUUAGCGUCGACGUCCAGGUAAAUGCUAACAUGGCCUUGAAAGGCGAGCUAUUUGCAGUGUUAACUAUCGUAUUCUAACUUCUAACCUUUUGUUUUGGAAAAGGUCAAUGAAAGUGAUGGUGUGGCAGUGUUACUAUUGUAACAGUAUUAUUUUUUUAAACUUUCAUAACUAUAACCUGCCACAUUGCAUACAAUUUGCUGAGUCUCAUUGGUGGUGAAGUGCAAUUUACACGAAUGCUACAUUUAUAUUUUUUAAAAAAUCACUCCACAAACGAGUGUCUUGGUUGGGUGAGUGGGAGAAAUGCACACAAUGCUUUCUGAGGAGUUGCAGGCUCUCGUUCUCCAGUGUAUCUGGAGACGCCCGGCUUCUGAAUGAGAGCUCCGGACUAUAAGAGGGGAAGAGGAUCCUGCAGGUGCGUAGAAUGCUGGUCGCGGCUGAUUUGGAAUGCAGCGUUCAGUUUUGUUGUGCCCGAGGACUUCCAAAGCUUUGGAAAGUGUCGAGUGAUAAUUCACUAGAUUAAUAUAGCUCCCCCCGUUUUUAACCAUCGGCAGAGUGCUGCUUUGCUAGUAAGAUGGUACCCUCUCAGGGUUUGGGGGUACAGAACGGUGUAGACUAGCCCGCUUCCAGUUCUUAAAUGAUUUGUGGGUGUUAUCUAGUCUCCCUCCGCGCAGGGCUGUUGUCAGCUUGGAAACUAUUUGUUGACAGAGGGUGGUGAGAAUGAGGAACACCCUGGCCCAGGCUGAGAACUGAUUGUGAUGCUUAAAAAAGAUUUGAUAGACAGGAUAUAGCUCAAACAGCUUAUGUAGAAAGAUAUCAAACUACAGCCCCCACAGUACUGGAGUCAGCUAAGAUUGUCGGCUCAUGUUGAACACACAACUUUUGACCCAGAGGCAAGAACCCAUGGCAAGCUGAUGCCUGGACUGACCUGAUAACAUGAACAAUUAUUGUAGAAUUGGCAACACCAAUUGAUGUGUUCACUGAGAUCAGUACUGAGGACUGCUUCUCAUUGUUGUGAAAGCUGCAGCUUUAAAUUGUGUGCCUUUUAACAAUUAUAGAUGCAAUGUAAAAGUACCAUCAUGGGAAUUGUAAGUACAGUAUUAACUACAGAAUUAUGGCUGAAUAAAAUAGGUAUACUCUUUA